AUGGGUUCCGCCAAAGCCGACAUUGUUAGUGAGAGAGUAUAUGACAAUUCAAUUGAUCCAUUCUCUUUCAAGGAAAAUAUUAACGGUAUAUGGGCCUUAUUAAAACUAGGCUCCACCCAGAGCAUGGAUGCGCAGAUUGUUGAAUUCCAUCUCAUGUCUGGUGUCCUGCUUGUGGAUGGCAAGACUGUGCAAAGAGAACUACCUAUGGAGCAUCGCAACUCUGAAGCCAUCCAUCAGGUUUUCCCUUUCCAGAGACUGAGUGUAAAUCCAUCCUCGUUACGUGGUAUUGCCUACAAGCUGGGCAUGUUGGUUAAAGGCCAUGAGGUCCACAUCGGCUUCAGACACGGGCAGCUCGUGAUCCGCGCUUUCGCAGCCGGCGAGCUCUUGGAGUUCAUCCCAACUAGCGUCUACCAAAACAACUAUUCCUUCGAUUUACCAGCGUCAUUGGUCGAGAAUUGUGUACAUUGGUUGAACGUUCGAAAAAUUGUAAUCGAGAUACGAAAGGCAACAAUGAUCUGGAGGUCUCUUGACAGCAACUGGCGUAUCAACCUCUCGUCCAGGACUGGCUAUCGCUCUCGAGGGAUACAUAACCUUAUCGACAGUCGUGGCAACCUGUUCAAUCAUGUGGCUAGCAAUUUUCGCGGCGUGGAACGUAAAGGCCUUCAUGUUGAAGUGCACAUCAAGUCACCAGAAGCUCUCUACGCUAGAUACUUUCUGGAUGAAGUGCUUGGAAGAGCUACUUGUGCAACGGAGCCACGCCUCUAUUACACGAAAGCCUUGCUUCACGCUCUGACUUCAUUUUGUCUCCCUGACUCAUUGACUGGCGAAACCGGAACGGAAGAGGCGUGCAAUAUUCUUCAGUCAGGAGACUGCCAGCCAUAUACUCCACUUACUGCCAUCAAUAUGACGCUCUUAGAUCAUAUCGCGGGCUUGACGCCUCUGCGAAUGUUCUAUCCUCCAGAGCUCAGAGUAAUGGAAACCGUGACGUGGGAUCCACAGCUCACAGUGGGUAUGCAGGACGACCGCUUCAAACACCUUGUUGAUCUUACCAAGGCUAGAUCCGAUAUCAAGUUACAAUUUGAGCUCAACCAAAUGUGUGGUGCACCAACACCAUCACCCUAUCUCGGUAAGCAUCCGAAGAGCCAGAAUGUCAACCAUGUCAGCGAUGGUUAUUUGGUUCAUCGAAGCCAAAAUCGAAGACAAAUGUUCCAGAAACGACUAUUCAAAGACUCACUCGAUAUUGGUCCUUGUGACAUGGCCUAUCCUGUUCGUGGAUAUACAGAAUAUGAUGCGGAACAGAGCCACGUGCUCCAUGCGCCCCGUCUACUGCAACAGUGGUCCAAGAGACUCCCUUCACCAGGUGCUCUGGUCCUGAUGAUGCAAAAUUGGCCACACAUCGGAGGCUUUGGCAACGGGACGGUGGUGUACGACAAGUUAAGACUGAGUGAUCAGUUGAACAUCAGUUUAGCCUCAUCCUGGGGAUCGCGGUGA